AUGCAGCAUUUAACUCGUCCUUAAUAAUAGUUAUAGGAGAUCGUUCAAUAAAAUAAAUUAAAAAUGUAUUAAUCAUUGUAAUUCAUAGUUGUGCAAGUAAAAGUAACAACAAAUUAAGUCAAUCAUUCAAUCCAAGUGGGUUGCUUAGUUAGAGUCCAACUCAUAAAACUAAUUAAAGUUCUGGGUUUUAAGGGAUUGAUUUGAGACAUUUAUAAAAAUUUUAGGGAUAGCUCUUAUAAGGGAAAUAAUAUAAGAAUGAAUUAUUAAAACUAAUGACUAGUCAUAAACAAUUAUCUACAUAGAAAUCUAGUUAGCAGAAUAACAUAUCAGAUACAUCUAAUAAUCUAAAGACAAUUGCUACUACUGACACUAGAAGAACCAAUUCUAAUUAACUUCAGAAAUCAUUUAUAUAGACUAUAAAAAACUAGAGUUUUGUAAGUGUAGCAAAUUAAAUUGUUGUAGUGGUUCAUUAUUUGAAUUAGUAAUAUAAGUUUACAAUAGAUCCUUAAAAAAGUACAGGUUAAUUGAUGGAGUAUUUGAAAUUAGAAAUGAAAAAGCAUUCAGUAUAAUCAUAUUCAUCCACUGGAUCUUAACCUGAAGAUAUAAAAAUAUAAUGUGGUACAGGUAAUACAAGUCUUGAUAUGGAGAUUGUAUCAUUCCAUACUUUAGAUAAGAAUUUACCAAUGGAUUUUUAUAUAUAGUAGUUAAACAAACCUUUGGAUAUAUUUAGUGGAUAAACAUUAAAUUUACAACCAUUUUAUGGAACUAAUUAAGGAUCUUAAAUAACAUUAAAGGAUUUCAUUUUUAUUAAAUGUAUAGGAAUUGGAGGGUUUUCGAGAGUAUAUCUAGUGAAAAAGAAAUCAGAUGGUAGAUUUUAUGCGAUGAAAUUGAUAGAUAAGGAAUUUAUUAUCUAACGUAAAAAAUAAGGUAGAUGAUAAACUAAUCAUAUAGGAAUUGUUUAAAAUGAGAGAGACAUUAUGACUGUAUUGGAUCAUCCCUUUAUAAAUAAAUUAGAAUGUGCCUUUGAGUCUAAAAACUUCAUUGUUUUUGUUUUAGAGUUUUGCAGUGGUGGAGAAUUGUUUUGGUAAUUGAAAUAAGUGAAGAGGAUGACUGAAGAUUAAGCUAGAUUUUAUUUUGCAGAAAUAUGUUUGGCAAUAUAUUAUUUACAUUCAAUAUCUGUUGUCUAUAGAGAUAUAAAACCAGAGAAUAUAUUGAUAGAUAUGGAUGGUCAUAUAAGAAUUGCAGAUUUUGGAUUAUCAAAACCAAAUAUGACUGAGGAUGAUUAUGCAUAUAGUUUUUGUGGUUCUCCUGAAUACAUGGCACCUGAAAUGUUAUUGAAAGUAGGUCAUAAUAUAUAAGUGGAUCAUUAUUGUUUAGGUGCACUUCUAUAUGAAUUAGUAACAGGAUUACCUCCUUAUUAUUCUAGGGAUACUGAAGAAAUUUAUUAAUCAAUUUUGAGUGAAGAAUUAACAUUUCCAUAGAAAUUUAAUUUAACUGAUGAUAUUAAAGAUCUACUUAGAGGUCUCUUAUGUAAGAAACCUUCAGGUAGAUUGGGUGCAAAUAAUGGUUUAUAAGAAUUGAUGUUACAUCCUUGGUUUAAAGGAUGUGAUUGGAUUCAAAUUCUAUAAAAGAAAAUUAAUCCUCCAUUUAAACCAAAUUAAUUAUAAUUUCAUUAUGAUUAAAAUGAAUUACUAAAAGGAGAAUUGGAAACAAGGGAAAAGCUUCUUGGAAGAUCUGGUUUAUAAAAAGAAAUUAAAAUUUUUAAGUCAUUUUAUUUUGAUGCAACAUAAUAAAAAUAAAUGAAAAUUGAAUAAAGUAAAGUUCUAAAAUAACAUUUUAUGAUGAUUACAUAAAUGUAAAUGUAAUUGAAUUAAAAAUAUAAUCUUAAAAAGAAUAGUCCUGAAUCUAAUUUUUUAUCAAAACCUUAAUCAAUAGGAUCUAAUUUAUUAAAUCAGAAAUAAAAGAAUAAUAAUACAGAACAAGUUAAUUCUUUAUAAAAACGAAUUAAAUCUCAGUAAAUUCAUUUAUUUAGAUAUAUAGGUAGUCCUCUUUUGUUUAACCUUUUUAAAUUAAUACAACUGUCAUUCCUCAAUAAUCCAAAUUAAUUGGUUUGAAAAGAAUAACUUCUUAAAAUAAUUUUUUCAUGGAUAGAUAAAACACAUCACCUACAAAUGUAGGAUAUAAUUCAAAAGAUAAUAUUGAUUACAAAGCUUGGUUAUAGAAUGGAUUAUCUGGGACUAAUUUACAUAAAAGAGUAGGUUCAUUGAAAUAGAGAAAAAAAUGA